UUCCUCCUGCUCUCUCUGGUCUACCUGACGUGCUGCUUCGGGAACACGGCGGUUGUCACCUUAGUGGUCCUCGAUGUCUCUCUGCAGUCGCCCAUGUACUUCUUCCUUUGUCACCUGGCUUUGCUGAAUGUCCUCUUCAGCACGCUGGUGGUGCCCAAGAUGCUCUUCAACUUCCUCACAAGCAGGAAGGUCAUUUCCUACGCUUUCUGCCUUGCUCAGACCUACCUCACCCUGUUCCUCGAGUGCACGGAGUGCUUCCUUCUGGCAGUGAUGGCUCUGGACCGCUACAUGGCCAUCUGCCACCCGCUGCGAUACCUGCUGCUCCUGAGCUGGCCCGCGUGCGUCGCGCUGGCGCUGUGCGCCUGGGCGCUGGGUUUUUUCGCUUCGGUGGUGCCGCUCUCCUGCUUCAUCCUCCCACUCUGCGGUCCCUACGUGGUGGACUACAUUUUCUGUGAGCUGCCCAUCCUUCUGCACCUGUUCUGUGCAGACACGACGCUGCAGGAAGCCAUGAUGGCGGUAGGGGGCGCUGGAACCGUGAUGGUACCCUUCCUCCUCAUUCUGCUCUCCUACCUUCGCAUCCUGCUGGCUGUGAUGAGGGUGGACUCCGCGGAGGGCAGGAAAAGAGCCUUCUCCACCUGCACGUCCCACCUGAUUGUGGUGACCAUUUACUACGGGACGGGGCUGAUCAGGUACCUGAGGCCCAAGUCCCUUUACUCCGCGGAGGGGGACAAGCUCAUCUCUUUGUUCUACGCAGUCAUCAACCCCAUGCUGAAUCCUUUCAUUUACAGCCUGAGAAACAAGGAGGUGCAGGGAGCCCUGGGGAGGGUGAUAGGGAGAUACCGUGCAGUGCUAAAGCCACAGGCUGCGCUCCUUAGACGUUAGCCACAUGCCCACUUUCCUUCUUAGCAUGCUCACAUCCAAAUUCCAUCAUGGAAAUCCAGUCUGGCAGAUUGGCAGGUGAAGAUCACCACUGAAUUUUUGCAAACCUUCCCUAGUGCUUCCAGCUCAAUUUCUCCUCUGCAAAUGGACAUGCUAGGUGAUCACCUAGGGAGUCUUGGAGCAUUGCUCUGCUGGUUCGGAUGGCAUACCUGUGAACCUCCCUUAGACUCUACCCUUGCAUAGCAUUUGAUUCCGUCUUCUCUGUCUUCCUAAGCCUCAGGUCUCGCUGAGGUGUGCAUUUCUGUUCCCCACAGCAGCUGCCUGGUGGGGUCUCAAUGUGAAGGUGAGUCUCAGCUCUUUCAGAAGCAAAAGAAUGACAAUGAAAAUGGAGAAAUCCAUAUUGUUUUCAACAUCAAGAGAUGGAAAUAUAUUUAAAACUAUUAAUGAUC